AUGAAGAAACUCCUGGGACAGUCUUUGUUCAUUCUAUGGCUUCAACUGGCCAGUGUGAGCAGCCAGCAAAUAGAACAGACUCUCCAGACCCUGAGUGUCCAGGAAGGUGAAAAUGCCACCAUGACCUGCAGUUAUAAAGUUUCUAUAACCAACUUGCAGUGGUAUAAGCAAGAUUUAGGGAGAAGCCUUACCCGCCUCAUUUUAAUACGUGCAAAUGAGAAAAAGAAAGAUAACGGGAGAUUUCAAGUCACACUAGACGCCUCCACCCAAAACAGCUCCAUGCUCAUCACGGCCUCCGAGGUUGCAGACUCUGCUGUCUACUUCUGUGCAGUGGAUGCACAGUGCUCCCCCAGCACCUGCAGCCCCGACACAAACUGCCAGAGCUGCCUCUUGCACGCCCCUCCACGGGCUGGGGUGGUGGUUAUGCCUUCCCAUGAGGGAGAGUCCUCAACACCUGGCAGCAGGAUAGGGACAUCCUCUCAAGUCUGUGACUUUGUGGAAGCACAUUUUGUAGGGCUACCAUUUAAGGAGGUUACAAAUGAAGGCCCCACUCCUGGCCCAGGUUGGGGGGGACUUGACUGGAUGAUGGACUUGCCAGUCAUGCUGUCGGCUUCCUGCGCAGCGUUAAUAAUUCUGCUGAUGUUAAGAAGGACCAGUGGAGACUCCGUGAUCCAGACAGCAGGUCCCGUCAUCCUAUUAGAGGGGGGACCUCUGACCCUGAGCUGCACCUUCCAGUCCUCUUACCCCGCAACUUUCUUUUUCUGGUAUGUCCAGCGUCCAAACAUAGGGCUCGAGUUCCUCCUAAGAAGCUCAUCAGAAAACACAAAGUUGGACAGCAGUGGUUUCCAGGCCUCUCACACUAACAAAACCUCCACCCUGCAGAAAACCUGGGUACAAGUGUCUGACUCGGCUGUGUACUUCUGCGCUGCUGAGGCACAGUGA